ACGCAGGACAUCAGCAGAGCGAGGAGUCUGGGCUUUAUUCAACAUGCAACAGGAAGCCACUGUAGAGUUAUAGACACGGAAGUGACAUGGUCCAGAUAUUUUUCCGCAGUGUGCGGGAAUCUGCCACACAGUAUCUGCUGAGUAACUACCUUAAUGGCUGUGACGAUGAGGGUGGAGGCCAUGGGUCAUGCUGCUGAGUAACACAACCUGUAGUGCUACAAGAGCCUGGAGUUAGGGAGGGAGCAUGGCAUGGCUGUCUGGGCAGAUGAGUCCAGUGAGAUAGGUGGGUUCUGACUUCAUGAGGGGAAAGAGGAGGUUCCACAACCCUCAUGAGGGACAGAGAGUAGAUGGGGUGGGUAAGCACCAGGCCAGGAGUAGUAGCAGACAGCUCUGGUAAGAAGCCCAAGGAAAGGCUAGGAACAUAGGAGGUCUGAAGAGGAAGCCCAAACUGCCAGGUGGGCUGGGAGGCAUCAUCCCAAACCAGUGAUGGUUCCUGAGAAGACUGAUGAUGAAGAGAGACCUGGAAGAGAGAUACAUCAGGAGUGCCAGGAAGCUCCUAGUUUGGUCGAGGCCAGGAUAGUGGAGGCGAGAAGAGAACCCGCCUUGUGCUUCACCUGCACAUCUGGAUGGUCGCCCCUAGAAGGUGUCAGUAAUUCCUCAAUCUGCUCCCUUCCUCCAAAAGUUUCUCUGUCAUCAGGCAAAGACCAGGAUGGGAACAGGAAAACUAGAAAACUGGUCAAGGGAGAACAAGUCCCUUUUCCUCUCACCAGUGAACAGCAGAGACAGAAACAUACCCAUCCUUGAGCAACUGCAGUGAGGCAGUGUGGAAUUCUAGGGUGUUGAUAGCUAUGACUACCAGGCCUGUUGGAUAUUUGUAUUCUGGCAUUUUAAUUCCUUGUCCUAAGAUUUUGACUCUUUGCCAUGUUCUUGGAACUCCUGGAUCUUUCUGGAGUCUGAUAGAGGAUCAAAAUCGCAGCUCCAUUCAGCAAACGCAGAAGCUUCUGGGGGAGAGCUAAUGGUCAUUUGUUCAUCAUGGAUCAAUUGUUCAAGAUCAAGCACCUUUCUGAUAUCUCUUGUCCACAGAGAAAAAGACACAUUACUUCACACGUGGCUUCUCAGAUUUGCUGUCUAGUUGCCUACCUGAGAACUUCCUUGGAAGCAUGGCUUCUGCACAAAUGGGUUACAUUGACUGAACCACAGUGGCUCUUAAAACAAGGUUUUUGACCUAAGGAGCCUGUUCUCCAGGCUGACCUGAACCCCUCAAAGACAUGGCAAGCAGGUGACAUUUCUGCCCAUGGGAUUUGCUGAGAGAUCUGGAAGGUAAAGAGCCACCUUAGGCUUCAAAGGGUGAGUGAAUUUUUACCACGAACCCCAAAGGGCUGAUUUGACUUUCUCUAUUACGUAUAUCCAACAGAGAGAGCAGGCUUGGGGAAAUUUUGUCUGCACUCAGAAAAUUCAUCAGUUUCUUGGGAAUCAUAAGUUAUUACACUUGAAAGACCAGAGAAUGGUUAUUCCCCAACACCAAUUUGGUCCUGAAUUUUCCCAUCUGACGUGUCUCUAACAUGUGAAUCAGUCCCACCUUCCCUGACCACGAGUGAAGUGUUCUGUGAUGCUUGGCUGUAGAUGCAGUGUGACAACUGCCUGAAGCACAUGAUCUCAGGCACCAGAUGGCACUGCUGCUCAGUACAGCCAUAAGCUAACAGCCUUCCUAGAGGACACUGAUAACAGCAUUCUCCCCAACUAUUAAGAUUUAUUGUUUUGUUUAAGCAAAGACCAAAGAAGCAGCGAAGAUACAAUUAAAAUGGCAAUCCUUUCUGGACGGGGUGGCUCACGCCUGUAAUCCCAGCACUUUGGGAGGCUGACGUGAGCAGGCCACUUGAGUCCAGGAGUUCAAGACCAGCCUGGUCAACAUGGUGAAACCCCGUCUCUACUAAAAAUACAAAAAUUAGCCCGGCAUGGUGGCACACACCUGUAAUUCCAGCUACUCGGGAGA